AUGUCGUCUUCUUCGCCUCGCCACCCUCAGUCACGCCUCACAACCCCAUUUCCUGCUGCUGCUUGCAAUGAGCUGCACACGGUCGGUGGCACUUCUCACGGCGAUGAAACGAGCAACACUGGGAAUAGACCGGACAAUAAACCUGCCACUUUUGGGAGGGUUGGAGUGCCGGAAGAACUUGUUUACGACUCCGACUUGGAAGAAGCUUCGGAGAGACCACAAUGGCAGCGAAAGGGCUCGCUAUGGAGCCGAGGCCUAGCCGCGGUCUCGCCUCUAUUUGCUUCUUCUAACGAACGCAACAAGACCUCAGUUGCUUCUGCUCCUUUACUCCCAUUUGACGGCAACCGCUCCAAGCUUCACCCUCGGUGGCUUAAAAAGCCAACUCGCUCCUGCUGCUUCUUAUAUUGUUUGGUGGGCUUCCUCGCCAUGUUAGGUGUUUUCCAGUUCAUUUCGAUUGCCUGUGGGAUCGUUAUUUCAUUCUUCCCUGACGAGAUUGAUCGUGUAACCGACCACUGGCGACAACCCCAAAGGCUUGAUCCAGCGGACACCGCUCACUGGCCUACGGACAUUUCAAAGGAUAUCAUCCCUGUUCCAUGUCACUCGCACAAUGAUUACUGGCGCCGCGUGCCCCUUUAUUCCGCCCUAGAGGCUGGGUGUAUUGGCGUCGAGGCCGACGUAUGGCUCUUCGAUGACGAACUCUACGUCGGCCAUUCUAUUUCGGCUCUCACUUCAAGUCGCACAUUACGCAGCAUGUACAUCGAUCCCUUGGUGAAAAUCCUGCGCAGGCAGAACCCCAUUACUCAAUUCCAUCAUGACCUCGAUCAACCUCGAAAUGGCGUCUUUGACAGAAAUCCCUCACAGCAGGUAAUUCUGCUCAUUGAUUUUAAGACCGAUGGCGAGGAGACCUGGGACUAUGUGCAUUCGCAAUUGAACCCGCUCCGUGAGAGUGGUUAUUUAACCCACUACAAUGGCAGCGACAUUAUCAGUGGUCCUAUUACCGUCGUUGGGACCGGAAACACUCCUUUCAGUCGGGUUGUUGAAAGCUCCACCUAUCGUGAUAUCUUUUUCGAUGCACCGCUAGACCGACUAGUAGACGAUAUCGACCAUAUUGAAGCCGGAACACGUGUGGAUGACGACACAUUCAACAUAACUAAUAGCUAUUAUGCUUCAAUUUCCUUCCAUAAGGCCGUCGGGACCCCAUGGUUGCUCCAUCUGACAGACCGCCAGGUGCAAACCAUAAGAUCCCAUGUUAGGGCUGCUCACCGUCAAGGUCUAAAAGUCCGAUACUGGGGAACACCUAACUGGCCACGAAGCCUACGAAACCACGUCUGGCGUGUUCUUACCCGUGAAGGCGUCGAUAUGCUCAAUGUGGACGACCUCGUCAGUGCAACACGAAAGGACUGGGCCCCUAGGAUUUCGGACUGGUGGCACUGGAAUUAG